AUGUUCCUUAUCGGCAUUAAUGGCGAUUUAGAAGGUAGCAAGAGCGGUAACUUGGUUAGGAUCGUCCAGACGAACGAUCGUACUCCAGUUAUAGUUACGGUUAGCGGUAACUCGCAGAUCGGAUCGUCAAUAUCGUUAGAAUGUUCAAUAUCAUCUACUGAACCAGACACUACAACUCUGAAUUUCUUCGACACGGAGCAGAAACAUGACUCAAACCCAGUCAAAAUGUUCCUUAUCGGUAAUAAUGGCGAUUUGGAAGGUAGCAAGAGCGGUAACUUGGUAACGAUCGUCCAGACGAACGACCGUACCGGUUAUAGUUACGGAUCGUCAAUAUCGUUAGAAUGUUCAAUAUCAUCUACUGAACCAGACACUACAACUCUGAAUUUCUUCGACACGGAGCAGAAACAUGACUCAAACCCAGUCAAAAUGUUCCUUAUCGGUAAUAAUGGCGAUUUGGAAGGUAGCAAGAGCGGUAACUUGGUAACGAUCGUCCAGACGAACGACCGUACCGGUUAUAGUUACGGUUAG